CCAGAUAGUCCCAGUUCGACUCGCACAUGUUUUUUUGGCGGGCAAACUUGGCGGGGAGUGGCGCAGACGAUGCAAAUCUCAGCUUACAACUAGUACGAUGAGGCGAAUCAGCGCAGCCCAGUCCGCGCAUCCUAGGGCGUGUGAGGCCGCUGUAAUGAUGGGGCCUAAUAGGCUGCUAUAUAAUGGCUGACGACGACCUCCAUUGCGUCGCCUCGCGUACGAGUCGUUUCUCGGAUACUGUGCUGUUUUGCUUUAUAGUCGACGGAUAGCCGAAUUCGAAAAUGGGCUCCAUUUCAGCAGCUUCAUACUACGCAUCCCCCAGCCAGCAACAAUACUAUCAACGAGAUAUGAAGGUUUCUCUUGAUUCCUCGGUCGAGGCCGCUGGUCUUGCUGGAGAGCAGCGCGAACUUCUCGAUCUCAUUGAUAAAUUACAAUUUGCUCAACUCGACAAUGUGAAGCUUCCCCAGAUCGUUGUCGUUGGCGAUCAAAGUGCCGGCAAGAGCUCCGUCUUGGAGGCUCUCUCAGGAACACCAUUCCCACGCGAUGCCGGCGCCUGUACACGCUUUGCAACAGAAAUUCGACUCCGCCGUGCCAAGGAGGCUUCCUUAAAGGUGUCCAUUAUACCCGACAAGACUAGACCUUAUGAUGAACUUACACGGCUGAUGCACUUUGGCGGAAGCGUCAGUGGCGAUAUGUCAUUUGAGUCGCUUAUGAGAGAUGCCACAGAGCUGAUUGCCCCCAAGAAUAUCCCUGGCCGAUUUGCUGCCCGUGAUAUUCUCGUCGUAGAGCGAACUGGACCCGACAUGCCUCUACUUACACUUGUCGACUUGCCUGGCCUCGUCCGCGUUGCCAACCGCGAUCAAUCCGAAGCCGAUAUUCAGACAAUCGAGGCUCUUUCAGAUCACUACAUGAAGAGUUCACGAACAAUCAUCUUGGCAGUUAUUGGUGGAAACAAUGAUUACGUUCAAGCCCCAAUUCUCAUGAAGGCUCGCCACUUUGAUCCCAAGGGUUCACGCACCAUUGGUGUUUUGACCAAGCCCGACAUGACGGAAGGCAUUGGACUGGAAGACAAAUUUAUCGAGCUGGUGACCAACAAGGAUAGAGAAAACCAUUUCAAACUUGGGUGGUUUGUCUUGUUGAACCCAGGUCCAGGUGAGCAGUGGGCUACUGCUCAGGAUCGCGCCAGACGUGAAGCCGAAUUCUUCACUCGUGGUAAAUGGGCUGCUCUUCCUCCUCAGAUGUGGGGAGUUGCCGCUCUACGCCAGAAGCUUAGCGGACAACUCCAGCGACACAUUGGAAAGCAUGUCAAGAGCCUACGCCGCCAGAUCCAAGAAGCUCUGGAGCGCUGUGAUGGACAACUCAGAGAGAUGGGCGAAGGCAAAGAGACGGUCGAAGAGAUGAGAUUUGAAAUGGGAGAGUUGUUUGCAGGUUCGCACAAUCUUGUUACCCCUGCUGUCAAUGGCAACUACAAGAACCCGUUUGGUGAGCGCUUCUUUGCUCGUCAGUCGCACCCCAAGGGCACACCAUCACAAAAGCUCCGUGCUCGUGUUAGAGAAGAGAGUGAACGCUUUUCUCGCCGAUUCCGCCAGCAUGGACGCAAAGUUACUUUCCACAGCGAACCAAGCGCCAGUGCUAACCCCAACCUUCCUCAAGCCGGUGUGGUAGGCGACCAGUCGAAAAGAGACUUUGCUCAGAACGAGGUAGAGCCUCUGCUUCGCCAGAUCCGCGGUAAUGAAUUGCCGCUCGACUCAAACCCUCGAGCCCCAUACAUUCUCUUCCAGGAUUAUUCACGCAACUGGCCGACCCUUGCUCAGGAAUAUAAGGACAACUUGAGCGUCAUUUGCAACGAGUUUCUCGCCGACGUCAUUAGCCACAUCUGGCCGAUGCGCAUGCGCGACCCUCUACGCUACCACUUCUUGGAAACCAAGAUGCGGGAGCUGACUGAAAAUGCCGACAAGGAGCUGUCCAAACUGACUGACGAUAUGGAGCUUGAGGUGCAACCAUAUGACCCCGAGUACGAAAACCGUCUUCGAACAUGGCGUGCCGAAGCCACUCAAAACGGCGGCACUUAUACAGAGGCCGAGGAAGUACUGGAGAAAAUGCUCAUCUACUACGACCUCACUGCGCGAAUCUUUACCCGCAAUGUCAUUACACAAGUUGUCGAGAGACACUUGCUGCUAGGCAUGUUGCGUCUAUUUAACCCCGUGGAGAUUCUUCGCAUGCCCAAUGCAACCAUUGAAGCCAUUGCUGCCGAAAACAAGGAGACGCGCGAGCGCCGACUUGCACUCAAGCAGCAGAAGAAGGCCAUCGAGGAAGCUCGCAACAUUUGUGCUGGCCUGGCCAUGCGCAGCGAACUCCGUGGCUUUGACGAUGACACCGAAGAUGACAUUGAUACGGACGAUGAAGAGGCUCAACAACGACGACGCGCAUCCGUUGUUCUCACGCCCCAGUCCCAGCCCAGCCGGCAAUCAUCUGGAAACAGCCGCCGGGAGCAACAGCAGCAGCAACAACCGCGUCUGUCUAUUGACACACAAACGCAACAGCGCAAACCUGUCGUAGCAGCUCGUCCGGAGCCACCAUCUCACCGCAACAGCGUACACGACCAUCCUCGCGAAUGGGACCAGGCAUACUAUACCACCGCGUCUUCUCAACAACAGGCUGCUCCUACCCACGCACCACCAGCCCCUCCACCUCGUCCUCAGAAGCUUGGAUUCGAGGGAUCUGACGACUUGUACGAUGGGAUGGCUCGAAGCGAGUCGCCUGCUCAUGGCCGACAAAAGGAGACGGCUCGACAGAGACUUGCCGCUGUGAUGAGAACUGGUGCAUAAAGGAACCAUUAGGGUAGCUGCUUUUUUGUGGUGUUUGGGUUUGGGUGUUGUGUAGAAUGACGUUAAAUUGUGUAAUUAUCGACUAGAAAUUCCGCAUAUUGUAUAAAUAUACUCUUGAAGUUAAAAGACACGUUUUAGUAGC